GUCAGAUUUAGCUGCAAGCAUUAUGACUCCAUAGCAACAGACAAGUCUUUGCAUCUCCAGAGAGAUAAAGUACUACUUCUGUAACUAAGAUUUCAGUGUCCAAUGAAAAGAAAAAAAUGAAAGGCAUUAAGAAGAGUCCUACGGCAGAGUCUCUGUACCUGGAGUACUCUCACCAAACAGAAGGGUGCAUCUUUCCUCUCCACACGUCUGUAGCUCUGUUUUUAUUAUCUUACUGUGACUGCAAGGUCUUUAAUGUCUACUUAGUAUUUACUGAAGAAAACACAGACACUUCACUCCUAAGAGAGGCACUGUCCCAGGAUGUGGACAUACAGGUCAUUUCAAGACAGGAUGUCCCACCGAUAGUCCAGAAUUGCUGCUUGCCUGCGGUGGUAGAAAAAUCAGAUGUUUUCUGUAGAGCAGGACUUGCCGUUGUUCUGAGACACAUAAUCCAGAAAUCCUAUGAAGCUAAGCCGUCAAGAAAGGAAAUUUUGGAACUUCUGGGUUUUAAAAAGACUUGUCUUAAAGCCUGUGCUGAAGUCAGUGAGUGGACCAGGCUAUGUGAACUCACCAUCCCUUUGGCUGUUGAGAAUUUUCUCCAAGAGUCUUCUGACCAGUCCCCAGCUAUCCCUGAAGAAAUCCUACAGCUUGAGAGAAAGCUCAGUGAGCCUGUCAGAGUACACAAUGAUGACAAACUCCGUAGACAGAAGCUAAAGCAACAGAAGACUGCUGGAGUUGAGCCUCCCUCUGGCAAGGGAAAAGCAAAGGGCAAGGCUGGUGCACAGAAACCAUCCAAAGAGUUGUCUGGCUCGUCCAAGAGUCUGGAACUAAAGGUGGCAUUCUCAAAGCUCACAAUGCAAGACACAGCUGAUACCAACAGGGAGCCUUCUCACAUCAGGAAAGCAAAAGCCUCUGCCCUUCCGCCUCUGGAGCACGUGUUUGCAGAAGGACUGUACUUCACCUUGGCGGACAUUGUGCUUUUGCCCUGUGUUCAUCACUUUUUGGUAAUUAUCUGCAAGAAAUAUUAUGAGAAGCUGGAGCAGUUUCCCCUGCUAACCUCUUGGUAUCAGAGGAUUCAGGAAGUGCCAAAAGUAAAGACAGCAGCUUCCAAGUGGGGGAUCCACUUCCUGUGUUUACCAGAAUUGCUGAAUUCUGAAAGUAAACCACACCUGAACUCUGAUGAAGUGACAGCUGUAGAGGAACCAAGUGACCCUUUAUUUACAGGAGGACCAAGACCAACCAUGACCAAGUUAACGGAAACAGGCAUUGAAGCAAUGUUUUCUCCGCACCCUUGUCCCUCUUGGACCCUUGACUGGAACAGCCUUCCUGCUGCUGUCAGCCCAAAAGAAGGUGAGCUUUGGUUUGCCUGUUGGUGUAAGAUUUUACAGUCAAUCUGGACUCACUUCAGAGCCAUCUUCCCGUACUCAAAAUGUCUUUGUCUGUACUUAAUAUUUCAGUAAUGUAUCUAGUAUCCA